AUGAGUUUGAAAGAAGUAUUCGAACAACAUCCAUGGAGGUCAUUUAAGAAGUUCAAUGAAGCAGCAAAGAGUUGGGGAUUUACUAACAGAGCUGAAGUUAAAAAGUUCUUUGACAAAAAUGUUGUACAUCAAACAAAAAUAAACCCUUACGACUACUUUUUACCAAUUUACUCCAACACUCCUGACGCAUACCAAUUUGACACUCUCAUUCAAAGCAGAAAAGGAGGACAUAAACCAUUCCUCAUCUUCAUUAAUGUUAACACUCGUAAAGCAUAUGCAUAUCCAAUGAGGAACAAAGGAACUCGUGAAGUGUUAAGAGUUUUACAAAAGUUUGUAGCAGAACAUAACCCAAGUACUUUAACAUCAGACCAAGACAGUGCAUACCUCAGCAAUGAAAUCACAGAAUUUCUCAUUAAGCAUAACAUAACUCACUACACUACUGAAGACCAUAACCAUAAUAUUUUAGGUAUCAUUAAUCGCUUCAUAAGGACUCUCAGAGAUUUAAAUCAAGAGCGAGACUUUACCGAAGAAACAAUGAAACAUUUUCUCGAAGUAUAUAAUUCCUCAACACAUUCUACAACAGGACAUACACCAAAUUCAAUGACACAACAACAAGAAGAAAA